UGUCUUCUUCUCUGUCUAUUUGGAGUUUGGUUUUAGGCUCUAGUCUUUGGUUUUUGGAUAUGGCAGGGCUUGAAUCCAAGCUUCCUGUUGUUCCUGGAGUGAAAAAUCAUGUCUUGGAGGCAUGUCACCAUGUCGUUAAGGCGCUGAGGGCAUCUGAUAACAACCUAGAUCCCAACUUGACAAAGCUUCUAAGUGACCUAGAGUCUCAUCUGUCAACACUUGAGAUCGUUGAUACCAAAGUUGUUGAAGAAGAUACAAGAUUCUCCGAGAUCAAGAAGAGAUUCAAAAAAGCUAAGAAGAUUAUCCUUGCCUGGGAACAAAACCAGUCCAUGAUAUUUGAAGCUGGUGUCUCUAUAGCUGAUCAGUUCUUCCAAGCCCUCCACGAUGUUCAAACACUUCUUUUGGGUUUCACAGCUUUGCCCAUCAGAACCAACAAGAAGGAGAAAGAUGUUUACAACCAAGCCGCGGUUGUUCUUGACAUCGCGAUGUUUAGGCUUGAGAAAGAGCUCUGCGAUGUCCUGAAUCAGUACAAACAGCAUGUACAGCCUCAGUACUUGUCUGUCAGUUCCCGUGGUAAAGAUAUCAUUUACGAUGAGUCCUUUGUCUCCCUAGAUGAUGUUGUCGUUGAAGCUACUGAUGACCAACAGAUACUGGGAUCCAAUAAUGUCGUUUUACUCGAUCCCCUCGUCAUUCCUCACAUCAAAGCUAUUGCAAAGGCGAUGUUUGCUUGCGACUAUGGUCAAGCAUUCCGCGAAGCUUUCAUCACCGUCAGAAGAGACGCUCUCGAUGAGUACAUGUCCACCACUCUCGAAAUGGAGAGAUACAGCUGCGUGGACGUUCUUGGAAUGCAGUGGGAGGACUUGAACUGUGAGAUGAGAAAAUGGACGAAGGUGUUAAAGAUCGUGACUCAGGUCUACCUCGCCAGCGAAAAACAGCUCUGCGACAAGAUCUUGGGAGACUUUGAGCCGAGUUCCGCCGCUUGCUUCGUCGAGAUCUCCAAAGAUACAGUACUAUCUCUCCUCGCCUUUGGCGAAGCUGUGUCCCUCAGAUCAUGCCAGCCAGAAAUGCUUGAACGCUUCCUCGGCAUGUACGAAGUCUCAGCAGAGCUUCUCUUGGACGUUGAUAACCUCUUCGGUGAUGAAACGGGGUCGUUUCUAAGAAUGGCUUUCCACGAGCUGGCGAAGACGCUAGCUGAUCGUACGGUUGCGACGUUCUUGAAGUUCAAAAACGCAAUAGCCUCUGAUGAAUCCACACGCGCCUUCUCUGGCGGCGGAAUACAUCACCUGACCAGGUAUGUAAUGAACUACUUGAAGCUUCUACCUGAGUACAAGGAUGCACUAAACACACUCCUCGAGAACAUACAAGUCGAUGACUCGAUCCCCGAGAAGACAGGACAAGACAUCCUCCCUUCCACGUUCUCUCCCAUGGCGAGACACCUCAGAUCAAUCGUCACAGCUCUAGAAUCCACCCUCGAACGCAAAGCUCAGCUCUACGCAGGGGAACCGCUCAAGUACAUCUUCCUGAUGAACAAUUGUCAUUACAUGGUCCAGAAGGUAAAAACGUCAGAGCUGAGACACUUCUUCGGAGACGAGUGGAUCAGGAAACACAUCGCGAGCUACCAACACAACGUCACAAACUACGAGAGAGCCACGUGGAGCUCUGUCCUAUCUCUGCUUAAAGAGAACAACAAAGACUCUGUUUCCACCUUGAGAGAAAGAUGCAGACUCUUCUGUGUUGCGUUCGACGAUGUUUACAAGAACCAGACACGCUGGUCGGUCCCUGAUCCCGAGCUGAGGGAUGAUCUUCACAUCUCGACCUCUGUCAAAGUUGUUCAGUCCUACAGAGGGUUUCUUGCAAGAAACGCAACUAAAAUAGGUGAGAAACACGUGAGAUACACUUGUGAAGAUAUUGAGAGUUUGCUUCUUGAUCUCUUUGAGUGUUUGCCUUCUCCAAGAUCAUUGCGCACCUCUCGUAGGAGAUGACGAUGAUGAUGACGUAUGACUCGAGCCUUUUAUUGACUCGAUCUUUUGUAUUUUUUUUCGUAUUCAGUGAUUUUGUGUAACAUGUUGUAAACUUGUAAUAUAUACUCUUGUCUCUUGGGGAUGGAUGUAAUUUGAUUUGCAAUAAUUGAAAAGUAAUCGUUUUUAA